GUGGUUUUAGUUCCCUCGCAUUCUUCUCCCGCGCGAGUGUUUAGAGCUUUUGUGCUUUCCGUCUGGAAUCCGCUUUUGCUGUCACUUUUGUGACCGUUUCGUCCUCCUUCAAUUUCCAGUUUUGCCAUUAAAUUUUAUCGCGUUACCAUCAGUUUUUCGUGCAUUGAAUUCUACGGAUCUCCUCAGUUCUGCUUAGUCGGUGUGAUUACAUUCGUAAGAGUUAAUCUCAGCUUUAGGUGUAAUCAUCGUGGGAGUGGUUGUCAAUUGUUAUGUCAUUUGUUCACUCUAAUGUAAAACUGUUCGAGAUCAAAUUCCAUGGCUAAUAAAAUGGGACAUGAACUGAUGCAGGACUGUUUGAUGAUGAAAGACUUUCAGUUGGAAGCCAAGUGUUUGCAGCGUGCAUCGUUGUCAUGGAUUUUUAUGUGGUUUUAAUGUGUAAGCUUCUCCUGAGCCAAGUGUCAAACAGGUGCUUUAAAAUUUCCAGUUAUUUGUACUCAAGUCGGUUAAAUUGCCAGUGUGCCAAGUUCUUUUGGUAAUUUCCUUAUCGAUCGUGAUUGGUCUUCAAGUCGUCAUCAUGAAAGUUGCCGCGGGUGAAUUAAGCACGGAGGAAAGACAAAAUUUAGAUAAAUUCACUAAAAGCUUAUUUUUAAAGUCGGCGCAAAUCAUCGUACAAUCUCGGUUGGGUGAGAAAAUACAUACCAAGUGUAAUCCGCAGCAUGCAAGCACAGAUUUGUUCAAUCUGGCCAUCAAGGAUUUGCCGGAGGUUCAGAGCGAGACGAAGAAAGCACUGAGCGUGUGCGGUGAGGUGAUGUCAUGCUCCCAGCUUCCGUUCUGCGUGGAAAUCUCAUUGCGAACGGUCGAGGGCGACACCAUGACGUUGGAGACCUGGUGCCUGGGCGUCCUGGCCGACCAGAAGGACUCCACUCUCCGGGUCACUUACACCAUCUACAACAGAAUGGGAACCCUGCUCAAGUCCUUGGUCUCCAUCACGAGGAUAACACCAGCCUACAAAUUGUCCAGGAGACAAGGCCCAGACUCCUACGUUAUUUGUUAUAGGAUGUACCUAGGAGAACCACAGUUACAUAGUCUAGGUGAAGGAUAUAAUCAAGUGAAAGUAGGACAAUUAAGCACUCCCAUCGGGACAUUACAAGUGUCAGUUUCAUACCGAACGAAAAUGACCAUUUCUCCACAACCAUCUAGUAAAGAUAACUCUAUCAUGUUGAAAAGUGACCACUUCAGGCCAGACAAUGGUCCCAAGAAUGUACGCUCUCAAAUUGAUGACUUAACCUCCUCUUUGAGUGAAACAAUUAAAGUGGGUGCGUUUGCUGACAGCAGAAAAACCUCUCUGGCGCCAAGCGACGCAAACCUCGUUUUCCCUGAUGUGCCAUUCAGUAGCUUGCUGACAUCGAGGUAUCCAACCCAACAAUCACCCUCGUCGCCAACAGGAGACAUUCUGUCCUCAAUUCUAAAUCAAAACUCGCCGGUGAACAGAACGUUGAACACAAGUAGCACCCCGCCGGCAUCCUCUGUCGAACGAAAAGAAGACUCUGACAAUGGCAACAUCACAACAACUAGAUGCACGUCCAGUUCGAUAAAUGAGGAUUUUAUUUUGGUAGAUUUGAAAACGCCUUUUGCCGGUUCAAAUGCUAAUUCAGACUUGGGAUUAUUCUACAAGGAGUGUCAGACUGCCCCUCCAUUGCAUGGGUGCUGUGAGGAACCCACUGUGGCUGAGCAAGUUGGAGACCUCGCCAGUCAGCUCAAGGUUUUUGAAUCAAAUCUGCAAGAAUACGACAACAUGCUUAGCUCCUUGUGCGACUCAGAAAAUGGCAACGAAUGAGUUCAAAGACUUGAAAUGCUGUGAAUCAUUGUUUAAAUUACUAUUUAUUAAUUAUUUAUUGAGCUUGUGUAUAAAGUAUUAGAAAGGCACCAGACCUUUUUCAGCCUUUAAUGCUUGUAAGAAACUAUUUUUGGGGGCUCACCUAAGUCAUUAUAUGGUCACUUAACUCUAGAACAAUACUUCAAAUGCUUGAAGUCAACCUCAUUAGUUAGAACUUAAUUCUGAUAUCAGUGAUGCCACUCAAAAAAUCUGCAACAUGGUUAUCUGUUACAGGACCAUACUGUAAAAACUGAAUCCUCCGGCCUAGGAAAAAUUGAAAACUUUGAAUGUUAAAUCUUCAGAAACUUUUUUUUUAUUGAUUUAAUUGUCUAUGUAUUUAUUUUUUUGAGUGGCAUCCCUGGACUGAAAUUGCUCAAUGUUUUUGUGGUGUUUUCUAGUAAAUACUUAAGACACUUAAUAAAGAGUGUUCAAAUAUGUGAUACCUCUCCUUCAGAAUUUUUUUUGUUUUCAGAAGGAGGAAAAUUUAAGGAUAUAUAGCCCUCAAAAUUAUGUUUCAUUAUGUUGAUUUGACUGUUGAAUCCCAAAGCCUUGUUCUUUUUUCUAUUCAAAUAUUUAAUUUUCUCUCUCCCUCUCUUUUUUUUCAAUGCAUGUCCAUUACAGACUUAAAAACAGACUGAUGCAGAACUGAGUGCUCAGCUUUAAACUCCCUGAAACAUUUUAACCGUCAUUGCAAAGGGAUUUUCUCGAAAGAAAAAAAUAUCAAAUCACAAUGAAGGCCCCACGCAGUCAAAACGAAUUUCCUCUCAAGUCGCUUGGUUGUAUUUUCAAACAGAUUCAUACCUCGUGGAUUACUAACAAUUAGUAAUGAAGAUGAAGGUGGUACAUAUGUCAGACAGCAUUAUUAUCCUGUCUAUUUUGAAGUUCCUAAAAAUCUUUUAAGUGUAAGAUUACUUUAUUAUAGUAAGGGAGUCUCAUCAACUGGGUCUGUUCAUAUUAUUUUAAAUGAGUAUUUAUUAUUGUUAUUCUUUUUUAAAUGAUGUUUGAAAAGGAGAAUGUUUUUAGGCAGAGGUUUCUUUUCAUCAUAACUAUCGAAUUCACAAAUACAAACUGUAAGAGUUACAAAAUAGAGGACAUUGUAUGUUUUUUUUUUAUGUUAAAAUGGAUAAUUUUAUUCUAAAAGGAACAAAUUUGUAGAAGCCCAAUGCUCAGACUCCAGUUUGGGAGCCAGGUAGGAUCAUCAAAUGCCUUUCUUGCCCUUUUUUCUCUUGAACAAAUGUCUCCGUUGAUUUUGGAAAUAAUAACUUAGAAAUAGCUGUUCUUCUCUUUUCAAUAGUUGUAUUUCUUUGCUUUUGUCAGAGGGAAGUGUUUAGUAUAAUUGAUGAAAGAAGCACAUCAGUGAGGAAACUUUGAAACCAUUCAUAUAUCUCGGUUUCUAAGUUUGCAGACUUCCUGUCAUUCUUCAUCCUUCAAUCGAAAAACUACUGAACUUAGUUUCUCAAAACUUUCAACUAUUAAAGUUUUUUCAUCUCCCUCGAGUAAAUGAAAAAGAAGCGGAAAUUUUAGAAUAUCAAAAUUCAGAUACAAUAAAAAAGUGGAAAAAUCGAAUCAGCAAGAUCAAUCUCUAGCUUAGUUAUGGAUACAUGUAUUAAAAAAACAUCCCUAAGCAUUGCUAUUGUAUAGGCAGAGAAAUAUUGAAUAGAUUUUGGAAAAGAAAGAAGACUUUUCCUAAUGUCAUGUAGUUCGACAGUUGGUGCUCUUUUCUUGAAUGUUUUAAAUAAUUGCUGUGUACUAAAUAACUGUUUUAUUGAGAACUGUUUGUUUCGGUGUCAUUACUCUGGCCCGUAGUAUUGGCUAUCAAAAAGACAGUCUUUGCAACUCUAAACUUCAAUCAUUAAACUUUUCCUUGAUAAGGGGCAACGAGGCACUUAACAGAAGAGAAUAACUUCUGAAUAAUCCUUUGCAGACUGGAUGCAAAGAGACAGCAUCUUGACACUACUACUGCGGUUAUGAAAUGAUCUGCCUCAAUCGUAAGUAGCUGUAUCGCCUGGAGUAAGAGCAAAUUAUUCUUAUCUUAUUUUGUGUGAGGAGGAAUAUUUAUCAAAAAUUUCUACCUACCUUGUGCUGUUUUGUCUUCACAGACAUCUUUAAGUCAGUUGUUUCGUGCCUGUCAGACCUGAAUCUAUGAAAAAUCAGUGCUGACCCUUUUGCUACAUCUUCCACUUUGGCAGGUAUCACUAAGUGAAUUUUUUUCUCAGGAAAUUUUUUACAAAAUGUAUUUUUUUUUUCUUUUGUACUUGUGUUUCACUCCUGAAAAAAUUCUGGAUAUCUGAAGAUUUUAGCGAUUUUAGCCAACCUAAAAAUUGUCUUUUUCUCUAUAUCUCUCUGUAAUUUAUUUAACUCUUUGUACUUUGUAACUCUUACAGUCUUCUAUUCUCAAAACGACUUUCAAUCAUUCGACAAAAACGUUAUCUCUGACGCUUAAGAGUGAAUUUAAACCUCUCCAUACUUUUCAUAUUUAUACACCAUGCAUUAUAUCAUAAUUUCCCCCUCAUUGUAAAUGAUAGUUAUUAGAUUUAUAUAAGACUGUUUUUGUUAAUUAGUGUUUACUCUGUCAAGAACUUUCAAUCAUUAUUGCUGAGAAAAUACCGUUUUUAAGGUACUCCUUUGCCAUAAUAUGAAAUCGUCACAUUUCAUGAUUUUUCAUCUAUUAAAAAUACAGAAUAUUUUAGUCUA